AUGGGAGUGAAGUUAGCUUUUUCGAUCUUUAUAGUGACUAUGAUGAUAACGAGUAUGGAAAAUGAGGGUAAUUUGGUAAAUGCUAAUGGAACGACUUGGGCAGGUUCAAAGUAUCAGAUUGAAUGUACAAUGUGCGCCGCAUGUGACAACCCUUGCGCCACUCCAUCUCCGCCGCCACCUCAGCCGCCGUCGCCUCCUCCGCCGUCUCCUCCACCGCCUUCUACCUCUUAUAAUUGUCCUCCUCCACCUUCUCCCCCUAGUUCCGGGGGAAAUUACUACUACUACUCUCCACCGCCACCACCGCCUUCUUCCUUUGGCGGUGGCGGCGGCGGCGGCGGCGGAGGGAACUACUACUAUUCACCACCUCCACCUUACCAAAAUUACCCUUCUGGACCUACUCCUCCACCUCCAAAUCCAAUUGUUCCGUAUUUCCCGUUCUACUUUUAUAAUCCUCCACCGCCUUCACAAUCUGCUGCUUUUAAGCUCACUGUAUUUUCACCCAAAUCUUCUAUUUUCGUUACGGUGUUCAUUGCGUUGUUGAUUUUCCAUUGAAAUUAAUGGGGGGAAAAUGUGAAAUUAAAUAAAGUGUCGGAAUCACACAGAUCUACAAAUGAGGGCAAAGAUUUUGAAGAAAAAUGGAAUGCUGAAGUGAAUUUGUCUUGUUUCUCUCAUCUCCUGGUAAUCUGUAAAAUUCGUGACCAUUCUUCUU